AUGGAUCCCAGCUCUCACAAACGCUAUCAUCUCCAUGAAUGGAAGCCAUUAGGAAUGUUUAAUAAAUAUUUUUCUGGAACAGCUGAAAAAUAUAUCACUGAGGAGGUUGUGAGAUUUCCAAUUGAACAGAUUUAUAAGGUGGCAGGGCAAGGUAUGUUCUGUUUAAUACAUUUAAAUAAUGCUAGACAUUCUGAAAUGGGCUAUAGGGGGCAUUGCCCAGAGGAAUUCCUAAAAGCCAAUAUUCUUCCUAUAAUAAAAUCAAAGAAAAAUCCAGAAAAGGUAAUAAACUAUAGACCUAUAAUUAAUUCUGAAGCCAAAUUGAUGGUGGUGAUUCUGGCUCAGAGACUGAAGCAUAUACUCUUACAAUUAAUCCAUUGUGAUCAAAUUGGAUUUAUGCCUCAAGAAUAUCUUAUAAUAAUAUUUGGAGGAUAAUUAAUGUGCUAGAUAAUUCAUAUUCCUAAUGGCUAUAUCAAUAGACGCAGAGAAAACGUUUGACCAUCCUCAAGACUAUGUGGAAUGGAGGUUUCGGUCUUUGAGUCACUAUGGAAUUGAGGAUUUAUGUUUAAUUCUAUUAGAUCAUAAUAUUUGACUCAUACCGCCAGAACGGUGGGUCAAAAUAUGCAAGCAUAUCGGUUCUCAUAAUGGUACUCGACAGGAAAGCCCAUUGUCACCCUUGUUAUAUAUAUUAACAAAAGUGUUGCUAGCCACUGAUAUAAGAAAGCAUAUCAAAAUAAAAGGGUAUCAUAUAGGACAGGAUGAAAAUACGAUUAGUCGGUAUGUGAACGAUAUCGCAAUAACCUUGUCCGACCCUUUGAAAUCUCUCAGAGCAUUAAUGUUUUCUUUCCAAACUUAUACACUUGUUUCUAACUAUGAAUUGAACAUUAAAAAACUAUGAUUCUACCAAAAAAUGCUUCAAAGAAACCUUAGCUACAUGCCAAAGAGAAUUUGUUUUAAGUAGGUAUUCGAAGAGUUUAAUUACCUAGGACUAAUUAUUACAUCUCACUCUAAGUUAUUGAUGGAACAAAAUUUCAAGAAAGUUUUAAAAGAGACAAAUCAAUCUUUUAAAGAAUGGAAAAUUUUGCCGCUGUCAUGACUAGGUAGGAUUAAUGUUUUUAAGUCUUAUAUCUUUCCAAGUGGAUAUGUAAUCAUAUAUCCCUGAAGGUUUCAAAGUUCUAUGCCUCUAAAUUUGUAUGGACCAGUAAGAAGCCAAGAUUGAGCUCCAAGGUUCUUGCAUUAAAAAUUAAGAAAGGCGGUCUAAGACUUCCUUUUAUAAAACAGUAUUAUGAUGCAAACUCUUAAUACCAUUUAUACAUGAUGCACAUUGAAGACUAUUACCAAGAAGCAUGGUAUAAAAUGGUGUGUUCUGCCUGCAAUAGGAAAAAAAAUAUCCAGAAUACCAUGGAAAAUUGAUCCUCGACUGUCCCCAGAAAUACAUUUAACAUCUAAUAUAAUUUUAAAUAUUUAUUAAAAACAUGGAAUAAAUUAAAAUCUAUAUUUAGUUUAAAUAAUACAAUAUUGAGAACUUUAGAUUUAGAAAUUAUAACAUAAUAUGAUGGAUAUACAGUUGAAUAGUUGGAUUGAGGUUGGCAUUGAAAAAAAAAAAGAUAAAUUAAUAGAAGGUCCUGAUAUUAAAUCAUUUGCCAGCUUAGCCCACAAUACGCACUACAUAAAAAGGACAAUUUUACAUAUUUACGAAUUAAAAAUUAAAAAACAAAUCACAAAAAGUACAGGACAAGAUAAUUUUAUGUUGAAAAUUGAACAGUUAUAUAGAUGACAAGCGGUAGAUAAAGCUAUUACAACAGUGUGAAACACCAGACAGGAUUCUGGCAAUUAAGACAUGGAACAAUGACCUAAAUUUAUUUGUAAAAUAUUUAACCAGGAAAGAUACAUUGAGAUUUCUCUCGUUUUCAAGUAUGUCCUGGGUAAAUAAUACUAUCUCCCUGAAAAUUUGGCAAAAGACAAUAAAUACUACGAAUAGAUGUAUCCACUGUAUAAAUCUUCAAGAAAACGUAUUCAAAGUAAUGAAUCGCUGGUAUUGAGUAUCUAGUAAACUAAAAAAUAUAUAUUAACAUUGUCCAGAUAUUUGCUGGAGAUGUAACGAGCAGAAUAUGUUUUUACAUGUCUGGUGGCAUUGCUCAGUAGUAAAAGAGUUCUAGAUUGUGUUGUUAAGGCUUCUGAUGAAACUAUGAGUCACCUUACUGAAUUUUAGUUCUGAAUUCGCUUUAUUUCACAUAUUUGAUAACAAAAUUUUCUGAAGAAUCUUUGUUAGUAACUAUACAUGUCCUGACUGCUACCAAGCUAUUUAUAGCUAGAAAUUGGAAGCAGACGGCCGUAGUCACUUCCACGGAAUUUAUACAUCAGUUAAGGAUGUAAGCGGGCUAUGACUGAGAAAAAAGCUCUAUUUGAUCAUACUCAAGGUUUAUUGGACAAGUUUCAAUCUCUUUGGGAAUCUACUUAUCUCUGAACAUUAUUGUUAAUUGAUUUGGAAACAUAUUUUUAUAAUUAUAAAGUCUAAGUACCAUGCAACUAAUCCCUGUGCAAGAUUCGUAAUUGUGUUGUAAUUUUGUUGUUGUUACUAUAUAUAUGUCAUGUCUUUUGUCUUAUGUCAUUUUAUCUUUUUCAAUAACAAAAGAUUAAGAUAAAAAAAGAAAUGCUACACAUUCUCAUUUGUACUUUUACGGCAAGUGUGCAAUAUAUUUGGGCACAUCAAGAACAGUUUUAUCAGUUUAAUCUGAAACAAUUCUACAAAAAGAAUAACAAAUGAUGAACCCAAUUUAGACCAUGUCUAGUUCAUCCAGAUUUUGACAUUUUUUACAUUUGAAAUCUCUCACCGCUGAUGAAUGAGUGGUUUAAAUGGAGUAGGGCUGCCCACUGCUAACCUUCUUCUUAUACUCUGGGCUGUGUGAUUGGGUGGAACUUAUGUCCCUCACCCAUUGCCAAUGAUUUAGGGGUAAACGCUGUGACGAAGUGCCCUUCGCCACUUGGUCCUGGAGAGGCCUACUUGCCAGCCUCCUCCCCUGUGACUAUGACUCUUUCACGUAUCUGGCUUUAAAGCCCCUAGUCUACCUUCAGACAGACUAUUUAUGUAGGCUGCUUUAUUUAUCCUAUGUUUUAGUCACCCUGUACCCAUUAUAGGUGCAGGGUGUGUGUAAUGUAAUUGUUUAUAGUGUGUGUGUGUGUACUGUGUAAUGUAUUGCCUGCUCUCUUGUAUUGCUGAGGUUUGCUACCAACUAGGUGGGUUUGGCUAUGGAGCUUGUCUAGUGCCCUCUGUUGGUAGCAACAGCAAUAUGCACUACCUGAAUUGCAAGACUGGUUCAUUUGCAUAUUCGGGUAGAUUUGCAUAUUGCUAAUUCUGCAGGCAGGUGAGAUAUUUACUGUUAAAUAUUGUCUCCCCCCACCCCUUUAAAAAUGUGCCAUUGUGUUGUCAUAAGUCACUGUGUGUUGCUUGAUAUGGUUUGACCGUUUGUGAUUUUAUUGAGGUUUCACAACAAUGUUAUUGUGGUGACCCUAUUGGCUGGUCCCAAGGGAAAUAAAGGUUUUGACAGUUCUUCUUGAUCCCUCUACACGUAGCCUUGUCUCGUUAUUGGAGGGAGCUGUUAUAAUCACACUGGGGAUUGCUAUGCUCUGCAUGCUCCCCUGAGCUUGAGUCACUUAGCUCUUUUAAGAGCUUGUUCCUGACACACUGUCCUUGGAGGAGGGGUCUUCACCACACAGUCCUGGAUGCUGGAGGUUCAUACAGGGUGGAAGGAAGAGUUCUUUCCCACACAGUCCUGGAGGACAGAAGCUGAUCCAGGGUGGAAGGAAGACGGCGAGACUCCAGGAAAGAAGAUGGCGGUUGCAGAGUCUGCGGUGGUUGUGGUGUCUGCUGCAGUGCUUGGAGUCCUCAGGAAGCGCUAGGAGCAUCCGUCAACGGAGGGUACUCAGUCGAAGUACAAGGAGCUCCGUUACAAACGCUGUCAGUGUAAUUGCAGGCCACUUUUUCUCCCCAUCUUCUCGAGGGGGGUUUUAGUAGCGGGUCUCCCCAAGCCACUCACCUAUUACACAUUGAUGAGAGUUUAAGAAUUAAAGUGCAGGGAAGCUGACCCCAGCAGCCUGCCGUUUAUCUAAUGAGCCCCUUAUUUUCUUGCAAUUGGUGAAAGGCAUGGGUGGUGUCUCUGCACCAGAUCCCCCUCAUUACUCUAAGUUCCCACCAAUCAUACAGCCCAUAAGAUUGGUUGCAGUCAAUUCAGUUCAACAAAAAAAAUAUUUUUAAUGAAAGGCUGCAGGGCAAGGGUUUUUGGAUAAUAACCACUCCAGUAAUAAGUGGUUAGAGAGCGUAGAAUGACUCUUAAAUUUCCAUUUGUUUAAUGAAUACAAAUGUGUUUCAUAAAAAAUAAAUAUAUUUCCUUUGGUGCCCAUCCUAAUGAAAUUUGCUAUGGUGGUCUGCAAGGCUGUACAGUGUAUACAGAUAUUUGCAAACAAUGACACUUAUAUUGAAGGAACAAUAGAUGACAUGGAAGCAUUAAUCAUUCUUAUAGGUAAGGUGAAAUGUAUCAAGAAGGGAAAACUGAUGUUUAGCAUAACAUCUGUUUCUAGUCUGACACACUUUAUAUGAAAUGAAUAUUGUUAGAGUAAAAAAAGUGUAUAGUGCUAUAACUCUCCAAAAAGUUUUUUUUUUUUUAUUAUUUUAAAAGUCUGUCAAUUAAUGGUAGUCUCAAUUCUCAGUCAAUCAUAAAAAGCCCCAUUGGCUAUCUUGGAGGUGGAGUUGGAUGAGAUUAAGAACAUUUAGUUAUAUGAAAUAUUUAAUAGUAAUACUCUUUGAUAUUCAAAAUGCACUAAGAAAAGUCAGCUCUUCCAAAUAUUUAAUAGUAAUACUCUUUGAUAUUCAAAAUGCACUAAGAAAAGUCAGCUCUUCCAAUUUAAUCCAUGUGAGAACCAAAUUAUGAACAAAGAAAAAUAAUUUUGGGUGGGUUUUUUCUUUAUUUGUUUACUAUUUUAUGAUGUGUGUUUUCUCUGCAGGUCAAAUUACAGGAGAACUUUUGAUUGAUAUUUCCGUUGGCCCUGCUAUUUACCAUCUAUUACCCAUUUUUGAGUUUUUCAAAGACAUCACUAUUUUAGAAUUUAGUGAUCUCUGUGUGAAAGAACUCAAGGAAUGGAAAAAUAAGGAGUCAGAAAGCUAUGACUGGACACAUGCCUUAUCAAUUAUGGCAGAACUGCAAGGUACAAGGUAAGGAUCAAGCUAAUGGCCAUGUUUAUGAUGAGUAUAUAGUUAUAAUACAUGUCUAUAAACUUUUCUGAUCACAUAAAAAUAUUUUUUUACAUUUUAUAAGGCUACUUAUAAUCGCCUAUCUCAGCGGGAAAACAAAUGGGGAUUCAGUUUCAGUGUUAUGCCCACCACUACUACAAUAUCUGUGGGUCCUACACUAAUUAAAAUGUGGGAGACAAAUUUAAUAGUGCCAGUGCUAAAUAUGCUAUAAUGUAUUUUAAUAAUUUGUUUCAAGAGCAUUGUGAAUAUGUAUAAUGCAAAAUUUAAGUGAUAAACACAAUCUAAAAAAACAACGCAGUGUAAAAACAAAACAAUUAAAGUGAUAGCGCUUUGAUGUAUAUACUCACAAUGCAUAUGAUAUAUCUGCUCUAUGAAAAUAUGCCACAUGCAUACGUGGUUAGUAAUGUGACCUCACAUGAUGUAAAUAGAAAAUAUAGCAGUGCUGCUAGUCCAUCCUUUUUAUAACGUAGCUUAGCAAUACAACUCCACACCAUUCAUUGUGUGCCUAGCGUUGCAAGCCUUUGCAUGGCAUUUAAUAUCAAUUAUAUAUUGCAUGGAAUUUCAAAUAAUCUUUUUGGCAUUGGUAAAUAAAAACUAUAUAUCAAUACAAACCGGUAUGUCUGGAACAUUUCAAUUCAAACUAAUCAAUUUCUUAUGAAAAUAUUUAGAAUUCCAGGUCUGAAAUACAAAACGAACGGAAACAGCUCAUCCAAUUAAAAUGAGUUAAGGGGCUUUGGUAAAAAAUCAGUUCAUUGUCAAAUAAAUCAAUUUGCUUAUGGACGAGCCGAUCGUUUGCACAAGUCUAAUAAAUAUGUUGAUUUUGCUCCUUAUAGAGACAUGCUACAGAUUAUAUGGUAAAUGUGUCUAAAUCAGAGGUGCCCAAAAGUUCCCCAAAUCUCCAAAUGUUGUAGAACUACAACUCCCAUGAUGCUUUGCAUGCCUUUGGAAUGCCUUUAGAAUGACAUAAAAUCAUGGAAGCUGUAGCUUUAAAACAUCUGUGGAUCUACCUUUUUGGGCACCCUUGGUCUCCAUUAUAUGUCAGUAUAAAAGUUUUAGCCAUCUGGUUAUAUUUUUCAGCUUCAAGGGCAAUGAAACGGAAAACGCUUUAAGAAGAAGUAUCUCGCACAUUUUAAAAUGUGAUUUCACCAAAGAAACCUUUACAGAAGAAGUCUUUCUACCAAAAGCAGACUGCGUGCUCAGUAUGUACGUCUUGCACUUGGUUUCUGACGAUCAAGAUGACUACAGCAGGAACUUGAAAAAAGUGUCAGGAAUGCUAAAACUGGGUGGGCAUCUGCUGCUAUUUGGAUUAUUUAACGCAAAAUAUUACACCAUAGGGGAGAAUAAAUUUCACUUAUUAGCAACUGAUAAAAAGUCUGUAGAGGACAUUAUGAGAGAAGCAGGAUUUGUUAUCGAACUCCUGGAAGUGAAAGAAAGCAAAAUGCGCGAUGAUACAACAUAUUUGGAACAUUUUUAUUUUAUUAAGGCCUUAAAAAAGAGCAAUGCACUUGUUUAA